AAAAUGGCAUAUGUCCGAUUCAAAACGGAGCGUGGCACCUGGGGACCUUCCCUCGUAAGAUAAUUAAAAUAAAAAAAAAACCUUGUUUUUAGCAGCAUUGAAAAAGUACAGCGUUUCUAUGACAAGCUAAUGUCUCUAUAUGGAUAUAUGCAGGGACAUGCCUUGGUCUCCAGAUUAGGAUCAAACUUUGAAGUAGUGCUAAUUAUUAUAAAGUCUAUCUAUAGUCGAAAUUCGAUCAUGAAAAUUCUCAGAGACACUAUGGCUGAUAAUUCAUUAAGCAAAAACUCGGAAAAUUAAAUUCUUUUUUAAUCAAAUGAUAAUAGUCUGAAGUGAAAAGAGAGAAAUAUUAUUUUGUGAACGCUUUCCUAAAAGGAAAUUUAUUUUAUUAUUAUUUUUUUUUUGUAUAGUAUGAUCUGAAAGAAUUAUCUGAUCAAAUAACUUUAAUAUGUUCAACUUAUUUUCGUGCUAUAACAUCUCAAGAAUUACUUUAUCGUUUACCAAAUUUAUAUAAUUUACAAAAUUAUAUGAAAUUUCUUGAUAAAGUGCUUGGUUUUUGGUGUAAACGAUCAAUAUUAGAAACAUCAAAUUUUGAAGAACGUAUUGCUGUUACUGAACGUUUUAUUCAAAUAGCUAUACGAGCAUAUGAAAAAAAGAAUUUUGCAGCUGUUUUUGCUAUUAUAUUUGGUGGAAUAAUUGAUUUAGAAAAAUCUUUACCACAUACAUGGGAUCGUCUUAGUAAACAAAGUCGAGCUUUUGUUACAUUAGUUGAUGAUAUGCUUGGUGAAGAUUCACAUUUUAAAUUAUAUUUUGAAAAAUUACGUCAAAGUCCUUUACCAGUUGUACCAUUUAUUGCUAAUAAUCAAACACGUAUUGCACAAAUGAAAGAAAAACAUAAUAUGAUUGUUUUAUCAACUGGUGAAAUAUUAAUUAAUUUUCGAAAAUUUCAACAAAUUGGUGAACAUCUAUGUGAAAUUCAACAAUAUCAAAAUAUGCCAUAUGAUAUUGUACCUAAUUAUGAUAUACAAAAAGAAUUAAAAAGACUUAAUCCAAUGAAAAGUUUUCAAGAUGAAAAUACAUUUCAAAAUUAUCUUGUUACACGUAAAGAAUAUAUUGAACCAGCUGAUUCAUCACCACGAGUAUUUCCAAUACGUCGAUCACCACAUACAUGGCGUUCUUAUUCACGUGUUUCUCGUCUUUUUAUGAUUCCAUCAUCAUCAUUUACUUCACAUUCUCGAACAUCAAGUCAAUGUGAUGAACAUCAUCAUCAACAAAAAUCAAAUACUGAUAUAUCAACUCGUCGACAUUUAAGUUUAGAUAAUAAUGUAUUAACAUCAAGUGAUAGUUUUGCUUUUGAUAAUACUCUUUGUGGAACAAAUGAUGAUAUUCAACCAACAAUCAAUAUACAAGAAUCAAAACCACCACCUAUACCACCUCGAGCACCACGUCAAUGA